AUGAGCAUUUUAUUCAUGGUCUACUCCCUCAUGGUGCUAGGAAUGCGCCUGGUGAGCAAGUUCAAGAAUAUGGGCAUCGAAGACUGGCUCUCUGUCGCUGCCACGGCUAUCGCAGUUCCACAGUUCAUAUCCAUCAUGGUAGCAACAGUCGACGGUGGCUUUGGUUCUUCGUAUUCGCUGCUUUCCCCUAGGGAUACAGAAACUGUCGCCAAGUCGCUUCGAGCAGGAGACGUUCUUUUCCUGUUAGCCCUCUUCGUUGGCAAAUGCUCCGCCGUCUGGCUUUGCAGGCGCCUUUUCGCCGUUGGACAGCAUCAGAAACAUCUGUACUGCGAAAUAACUAUUGCUCUCUGUGGAAUAUGGUGGAUUGGAUCCACCAUCACAGUCACGGCCGGAUGUACAUCCAGCGAAGUCAUUCGAUCGAGCACGGAAAAGUGCUCGGGACUGGUCACACGCUGGACCAUCAUUGGCUUGUUCGAUGCGCUGCUAGAACUAAUCAUUUGGGGUCUUUCCGUCAUCGUCAUCUUUCCAUUGCAUAUGAGUGUUCAGAGAAAGGUUCAAGCGUCCAUGUGCUUUGUUCUCCGAUUACCGAUCAUUAUCCUUAUCUGCCUCCAAAUCAAAUACGUCUCAGACUUCAACUCAGCAUCUAACGCCGGCAUCGCGCUCACACGACCUGUUCUUUUUCGCCAGGCUGAGGUCGUCUACUCCUUACUCUCCGCUGCUAUCCCGGCCUUGAAUCAGUACCUCCGCAAGUUCGACACAACGCAAGCAACCGUGUUUGGAUACAAUGCCGGCCAAUACGGCUCUGGCGGACGCACCUACCAAAUGGACUCGCUCGGUGCUCAGCGGUCCAAAACCGAGGACACGAAGAACUACACACGGAUGGAAAAUGACAAGGCCGACGAGGUCUUGGGAAAGAGCACGGGCAUCAAUUUCUGCCCUCCUAGUCACACACAGUAUCACGCGAGCGUCGAGGGCCCGCACAAUGAAGGCAUCAACAAUGACGGCAUCAACAAUGACGGCAGAUCGAAUGCUUCGCACGAAGAAGGCUCACUUGGGAGGCAUAACAGCGACGAGUUCAUCAUUCGCAAGGACGUAGAAUACACAAUUCGUCACGAACAACGAUGA